AUGCAGUGUAAUAACCCAGUUCCGGUCUUUGUCCAAACCACUCAGCAACCCCCUCCUACCUUUCUUAUCCGGCCACGGCCACGAUUUUGCAUCUUGCGUCCCGGGGGGUUUUGGACGCCUCUAAUCCCACUUGACGAGUUGCCUUCUUGGUUGGAAAUUCACAACUGGGCCCCUGACCUGUAUAUGGGGAUGUACCCGGCGUCAAUGACCUUCAUGCCACGAGAAGGGGAAUAUGAGGUUGUCUGUCAUCGCUGCUUGCAUGGUGUGAACUCAUUGCACCAGAGUUUCUCAGAACGAGAAGCUUCUUCAGUGGCCGCCAGUAAUGCCGCCACGAGCAAAGACUCUCCUGAACAGCGCGUCUCACCAAAUUGCUAUAACUCUGAUGCUGAUGCUAUGUCUUUGCCUUCGGUACUUCAUCAUCGCUCCCCAGAUCAUUGCUUGGAGCAGCCUCCUUUCAGUGCGAUACUCCAGACUCCGUUUGUCGGAAUGUGUGUGGUCGACAUGAAUUCGCAGUAUCCCGAUAUUUCUCAAGAUUCUCCUACAACGAGACGGCGUAUGAGCAUCGAGAAUUCGCUUCCUCACCAGAUCUUUGGUCCAGUCGGUAUGGGCAGCCCUCCUCUUUCCCUGGCCAAUUCGGGAAAUUCUCGCAAGCCUGACUCCCCUCAUCCACAUGCACAUGAUGCUGGAUCAUUUGGCAAGCCCAAGCGCGUUGCAUCACUGCGGAGCGAAAGCAUUGCAUCAAUGCAAAGUGCCAGUGUUGCUUCCACUCGAUCUCUCACAGUUGCUGCCAUUGAGCAAAUGAAGAGAAUGCGAAGAAGAAGGCUCUCUCGGGGAAGCAGCUUGCAGACAAGCAUGAGUGUUGCAGAAGCAACAAAUCUAUCUCAGGUCUCAGGCUCACAGAUUUCAAAGAUUUCAAAGAUUUCAAAAGUCUCAAAAGUUUCAAAGGUUUCGAAGGUUUCGAAGAAUUCCUCCAUCCGUGUUAUCUCAAAGCAUCGUCGAAGGGUUAUCCUGCGCCGUGAACAUGCGGAGGCAAGGAGAACAUGCACGUCAAAACAGUUACUAAUCUCGAUGGAGGCGCUGAAGCUGGAUCCGAAGCUGGAACAAUCAAAUUCAGCUACCAAGAGACGCGAUCGACGCGAGCGCAUGAUGAAACGCAGAAAGCAAUCUGACCGGGGCAAGCAAUCAUAUUACAACAUGAUGCGGACUCCCAAUUGGAGCCCGGGUAUGUGCAAGCACUGA